AUGUAUCAUCGCGAGUUUUCGAGUCCGCUGGAUGAUUAUGUACACGCACCUGAUCCAUACAUGAAUUGGACGGUACUUAAAAUAUACGACAUGCCUGAUUAUGUUUUGUAUAUUUUGAAUUUUACCUCGCAAAAGUGGCUCGAUGAAACAUUCUCAAAUCGACCUAUGUGGUCACAUUACUUGUGUAUCAGUGUUCCAAAUAAACUCACUCGACCAAAAAGCGCGUUUAUGUUCAUCGAUGGUGGUCAUUUCUACGAUGGACUUCCAAAGCCAGAGGACAAUUUUGUCGCACUGACAUCUAUGUUUGCUGUAAGUAGUGGUAGUAUCGGUGUCGAUCUACAAGAUAUCGCCAAUCAACCCAUUCGGUUCAAUGCUGACUUAAGUAACAAAAGCCGUAGCGAAGAUUCGCUUCUCGGGUGGACAUGGAAGGCCUAUUUGGAGAAUCAAAGUAAUCCCAAUGUGCUUCUACAUAUGCCCGUGACAAAGGCUUGUGUUCGUGCUAUGGAUGCUGUUCAACAAUUUCUAGGCCAACUAAAAGUUAUUGUACCUGAAAGCUUCAUUAUUGGAGGUGCAUCAAAGCAUGGUUGGGCAACUUGGACAACUGCCGCCGUCGAUCAUCAACGUGUCAUUGCAGCUAUUCCCAUCGUGAUGAACACAAUCAAUUUUCAAAUGAGUUUACACCAUCACUAUCGAUCACUCGUUGGUUGGACAUUCGCAUUUCAAGAUUACUACGAUUUGGGUAUUACUCGUUACGUAGACAGCACUAAUUUGGCGAAGAUGUCACAAAUUAUUGAUCCUUAUAAUUACUUUGAUCGAUUUGCAAAUAAGAAAUUGCUUUUGUUACAAACAGCAGGCGAUGAAUUUUUUCUACUCGAUGGUGAAUAUACUUUCUGGGGCGCUCUUCAGGAUGCCACAAAUCAUUCUUCGUUCCUUAGACGAUUACCAAAUGCAGAGCAUUCAUGUGCUGGCCAUGAGAUUAGUCUCUUUUUGACUAUGCGAAGUUUCUACCUGAGUGUGUAUGAUGAUAAACCACUACCAUCGUUCAAAUGGACGAAGAAUAUGAACAAUACACAUGGCUACAUUCGUGCUACAGCGGAUUUUGGUGUUGGCCCGAAGCCGAUGAGUGCCAUCGGUUAUCGAGCACGUACGCUCAAUGCUGACCGACGCGACUUUCGACUUCUCAUUGCUAAUCCUAAUGACACAAGAAAACCGAUUGUUAAUCCGGUACUUUGGUUGACUACAUCACUUGUGACAGAAGAAACUACACCAACAAGUAUCACGUAUUCACUGACUAUUGAAAAUCCAAUGAGUGGUUGGGAAGGUUUCUACAUUCAAGUAAGUUUUCCUGGUCCUGAUGGUUCGAUGUUGGAACUUACCACGGAAACACAAAUUAUUCCUGACACUUACCCAACUGGUGACUGUCAUGGAGAUCAAUGUUACGGGACAAUCGUCUAA